AUGGAACCCUCCGCCCGUGAGCAGUCGCCCGACGAGCGAGCUGCAAAGCGCGUCAAGAUCGACGCUUUGCCGUCUGUCGAGAGUGAGACGCCGAGCGGUCAGAAUGGGAGUCACGCCAAUGGGGGAGAGCAGGCUGCCGAGAAGCCCCAGGGCGGAGAUGUCGCCAUGGCUGAUGCCCCCAAGGGCGAAUCGGGCCAGGACGGCCCCGUCCCCGAGGUGAAGAAGGAUGCUCGGGAUCGCAAUGCUGCCAUUGCCCCUAUCAAGGCUGAGUUCCUGAUCCCGCGCUCGGAGAUUGAGAAGCAGCAGGAGGUUCCCAUCGACGAUGAUGCUGCUGAGGGACGCGGCCAGGACCAGGAGCAGCAGGAGCGUGGGGAUCACCCCCGUCGCGACACGCGGGACAAACGCGACAAGAAGAAGGCCAAGGGACAGAACAAGGAGCGCACGUUUGGCAACUUUGACGACACGUUUCGCCUGUGCAACAGCCGCGCCUAUUAUCCUGAGUUUUCGCCGCGCGAGUGCCGCUAUGGAGACCGCUGCCAGCUGUCCCACGAUCUGCGCAAGUACAUGGAGGAGGGUCGUCGUGGCGAUGUUGAGACUUUUGGCGGCAAAUGCCCCGUUUUCGAGAGCCAUGGUCGCUGCCCUUCGGGCUGGAAGUGUCGCUUCGUCAGGAGCCACAUGAAGGGAGGUCGAGCGGGAGGAUGGCCCGUCAAUGUUAUCAACAACAAGGUCAAGAUUGAUGUGAGCCGUCGCCGCGUCAACAUGGAGGAGGUCGACAAGUACAUCUCUUGGAUGAACCACGAGACCAAGCUGACCGACGAACUUCACCACCGUCGUAACCGCCAGACCACCGAAGACAGCGAAGACCUCCGUGCUCAGUACAGGGAGGCACCAUUGAAGCCCUCUGAGAAGCGCAAGCUGUACUUUGGACGCGAUACGCCCGCCCUGGCGCCUCUUACCACGCAGGGCAACCUCCCGUUUCGGCGUCUCGCCGUUGAGCUCGGCGCUGAGCUGACCUACUCUGAAAUGGCCAUGGGCCUGCCUCUCAUUCAGGGCACAAAGGCUGACUGGACGCUCCUCAAGGCCCACGAGUCUGAGCUCGUCCCGCCCAAAGCUGGUGGUCCCAUUGUCCAGGGCUACGAUAACGCCAAGGAUAUCAAGUUCGGCGCUCAAAUCUCCGCUAACCAGCCCUGGGUUGCGGUGAAGGCUGCCGAGUGCCUCAAGCGUUUCGUCCCUCACCUGCGUGUCAUUGACCUCAACUGCGGCUGCCCAAUCGACAUGCUUUUCAAGGCCGGUGGCGGCUCCGCCCUCCUCGAGGCUCACGGCAAGCUUGAGCGCAUGGUUCGCGGCAUGAACACCGUUUCGGGGGAAAUUCCUGUGACCGUCAAAAUCCGCACUGGUGUCCGCAGCAAUCGCCCUACUGCCACGUCCAUCAUCAACAAACUGGCAUUUGGCGCUCGCGAGCACCGUGAACGCCUUGGCGCACCUGGCUGUGCCGCCAUUACCCUCCACGGCCGCAGCCGCGAGCAGCGCUACACGCGCAGGGCUGACUGGAGCUACGUCGCCGAAUGUGCUGCCCUGAUCAAGAGCUACAACGAGACGAAGGACGCCGACACUGACACGAUUCGCGAGCCCGAUGCCUCCACUCUGCCCAACUCCAAGGACGGCAAGAUGUACUUUCUCGGCAACGGUGACUGCUACUCACACGUCGAGUACUUUGACCACAUUGACAACGCCGGCGUUGACAGCGUCAUGAUUGGCCGUGGCGCCCUCGUCAAGCCCUGGCUCUUCGAGGAGAUUGAAAAGGGCCAGUACCUCGACAAGACGGCCACCGAGCGCCUCGGCUACAUUGAAAAGUUUGUUCGCUACGGUCUCGAGGCCUGGGGCUCCGACGAGCUCGGCAUCGGCUUCACCCGGCGCUUCCUGCUCGAGUGGAUGAGCUUUACGCACCGCUACGUCCCGCUCGGCAUAUUGGAGCACCUGCCUCCUUCGCUCAACGACCGCCCGCCCGCGUUCCGGGGACGGAAUGAGAUGGAGACCCUGCUUGCGAGCAACAACUACAAGGAUUGGAUCAAGAUCAGUGAAAUGUACCUUGGCCCUUGCCACCCAGGCUUCACCUUUCAACCGAAGCACAAGUCGAACGCCUACGAGGCCGAGGGUUAG